AUGAGUAUCACUGAGAAUGGUCUUGUCUUGUCAUUAUCUCCUGCACCCUGAACAGGACUCCAUGCCCAGGAACUGCAGAUGCCCAACAGCAGCUCCAUCAGCGAGUUCCUCCUCCUGGCGUUGGCAGACACGCGGCAGCUGCAGCUCCUGCACUUCUGGCUCUUGCUGGGCAUCUACCUGGCUGCCCUCCUGGGCAACGGCCUCAUCAGCACAGCCGUAGCCUGCGACCACCGCCUGCACACCCCUAUGUACUUCUUCCUCCUCAACCUCGCCCUCCUCGACCUGGGCUGCAUCUCCACCACUCUCCCCAAAGCCAUGUCCAAUGCCCUCUGGCACACCAGGGCCAUCUCCUACGCAGGAUGUGCUACCCAGCUUUUUUUCUUUCUUUUCUUGUUUGGAGCAGAGUAUACCCUUCUCACAGUCAUGUCCUAUGACCGCUACGUUGCCAUCUGCAAGCCCCUGCACUACGGGACCCUGCUGGGCAGCAGAGCUUGUGCCACCAUGGCAGCAGCUGCCUGGGGCACUGGGCUUCUCCAUGCUUUGCUGCACACUGCCACUAUAUUUUCACUGCCUCUCUGCCAAGGCAAUGUUUUGGAUCAGUUUUUCUGUGAAAUCCCCCACAUCCUCAAGCUCUCCUGCUCUGGUGCUUACCUCAAGGAAUUUGGGCUUAUCAUAUUUAGUAUCUUAACCUUUUUUGGGUGUUUUGUCUUCAUUGUAGUGUCCUAUGUGCAGAUCUUCAGGGCUGUGCUGAGGUUGCCCUCUGAGCAGGGACAGCACAGAGCCUUCUCCACGUGCCUCUCUCACCUGGCCGUGGUUUCCCUGUUCAUCAGCACUUGCAUGUUUGCCUACCUGAAGCCCCCCUCCAUCUCCUCCCCAUUCCUGGACCUGGUGGUGGCCGUGUUAUACACAGUGGUACCUCCAGUCAUGAACCCCGUCAUCUAUAGCAUGAGGAACCAGGAGAUCAAGCAAGCUCUCAGGAAACUCUUAGGACAUAUAUUGCUUCAGCAUCAGUAA